AUGUCACCCAGGGCUUUCGAAUUGAUCGCUGCUCACAGCCAUGUUGACGAUGUGGUUGCUUCUGCAGCGAAGCAAUGUGGUGUGGAUAGCAGCCAAGUGCAAGAUAUAUAUCCCUGUACUCCCCUCCAGAAGGAGAUGUUCUUGCAUUCGCUAUCGGGCAGGAAAUCCCAGCUGGCCCGGGAGGUGGUUGAGCUCGCUGAGGAUGUGGAUGUCCCUCGUUUGCAACAGGCAUGGAAGCAUGUCUACCAGGGGCUUCCCAUCCUGCGCACGCGGUUUGUUCGUACUGAGUCGGGAGAGCUUGUGCAGGUUGUCGUCCGAGAGGACCUGGUCUGGCAGUCACAAACAGACCAUUCAACGGCCGAUGCACAGCAUCUGCCUGCCCUAGGAAAGCGCCUGGCUCACUGGGCGCUGAUUCCAGAGGGCAAGUCCUCGCCCAACGGCCAUUUGAUUGUGACCAUACACCACGCUCUGUUCGACACCAUCACGCUAGGCCACAUCUUCGGCGCCGUCUUCACGGUAUACCAAGGCAUCCAGCUGCCCGUGCAGCCCGUUUCCUUCGCAUCCUUCCUAGCCCGCGUGGCUGAGAACCAGACCCAGAGACAAGACUCCCAUGAAUUCUGGCGCUCCUACCUCUCCAACUGCACAGCGUCCGCGUUUCCUGCCCUGCCGUCCCCGGACUACCACCCAAGCGCCAAUAACGGUUGCCAGCGCCACAUCCCGCUCCUCACGUCCACCGAACCGGCGUUGCAGCGACAUGGACUUACGCUGUCGACACUCGUCCGCGGCGCAUGGGCAAUCAUGCUGUCGAAACACACGAACUCCGCUGAGGACGUGCUCUUCGCCUCCCUCGUAUCCGGUCGGAACGUCACCCUCCCCGGCAUUGACCACUUAGCCGCACCCACCCAAGCAUACGUGCCAAUCCGCAUCUCAAUUCCACCGAACGAACCUGCCUCCAGCUUCCUAUCUCGCAUGCAAACACAAGCAACAGCCAUGACCUCCUUCGAGCACGACGGUAUCGACUAUAUCCGCAGUAUCGACGAACACGUCCGUGACACGUGCAGCAAAAUUGGCCACUUACUCGUGGUCCAGCCGCUGCCGGCUGAGGCCUCGCCGGCUGAGUUCCCUGGGCGCAUUGUCUCGGGGCCAAGGGUGAAUGUGGCGGCGAUGGGGGAGUUCACUUGGCAUGGGCUGAUGGUGCAGUGUAUUAUUCUUCCCGGCGGUGUUUUGGUAAGGGCUUGUUUUGAUGAUGGUGUUUUGUCGCCGGGGGGUAUGGAGGGUGUUAUUGACGAGUUUGGGCGGGCAUUGGGGGAGUUGGUGGAGGGGUUGGAUGUGUAG